UUACGGCAAAUAGCGCGAGUAAAGUACCGGUUAGGCAACCGUAGACCAAAAUUACGCAUGGCAGCCCGGCUUCUGAUCGCGUGAUCUAGAUCAUUCUACCAAUGUUCAUACAACUUUGUUUGUCUUUAGUAACUCACGAACGUUUCCACAUAAAAAAUUUGCCGAAUUUAAUUUUUGAUUUGAAGUCGAUCGGUUAAUUUCUCGUUAAGUUGUGAUGUUAGUAAUUUUGAAAAAUGUCGUUUAGAACGCUACUGUCUAAAAACUAUUCAAGAUACAACCUUGCUGAUUUCACAGGAUAUUUUUGGAGACAUAAACUAUCGAAAUAGUAAAAACAAUUUUUGUUUUGAAAUUGUCCCACUGGUAUAGCCUCUUAAAUUAUCACAACAGCAUAUAAAUACAUCUAUCAUAUUAAUGUUAUGUAUCUGCACAUGCUCAUAUGAAUGUAUGUGCACGUGUGAGCGGUCAGAAAUUCAAAUCAUGAUUUUAUUACUUAUCAAUAUAUUACAUGUACGAGCAUUGAUCUGCAUGUUUAUAGAUUCUUGUAUAUACUUAUAUGUUCAUAUACAAUAUUUGUAUACAUUGCCGAACAAAUAAUGCACAAGCAAAAAUUAAAGCAUAGUUCUACAAAACCAACUAUCGUCUCAAAUAGCAUAAGCAUUACAAGUCAAUGUGGCAGUAAAAUUGGCGAAGCCCGAAAGUAGUACAUCUUUCAACAAAAACAUUUUCAUUCAUAAACGCAUGCGCACAUUCUACAAGCGACCUCGCUUCAAUAUCUCCCUGAGCAUGCCUAUAAGCGUCUUUUCGCGACGAUGGCAAAAUCUAAAAAUCAUAAUUGAACAACUUUCUGAUGUUCCUCUGGAAGAAAAACUGACAACCUCGCAAACUCCCAAAACACAGAAAAGAGUGAUAAAACAGGCAACAUAGUUCUCGUCGAUUUAAAAUAUUUGUCAAAAAAUAUUUUGCAGUGACUCGCAAAAAUCAGGGUGGAGCGGCAAGAAAAGCGGUGACAAUCGGCGACUGUUUGUUAGUUUCAUUCAACACAGCUCGGAUUUUCUACCAACAACACAUUGUUGUGACGCUUUGUCUUCGCGUCAGUGCUUCGACACAUUCAGCCCUAUCACGCAAUCCAUCGUAGACUGUUUUUUCGGGAAAGUUACGAAACUGCUAUCAUGCAAUUCGAACAGUUCCGAAAAUAAGUUCGAAAUUCGUAGAAUUGCAUUCACUGAAUUCACUCGGAACGGAAAAUUGUUAAGUUUAGCGGAAUUUUUGUACGACAGGUUUGUGCUAACGGAGAAAUAAAUUUCCAUAUGUGGGAGUCGUGAUUGCUGCCAGGAAACUGAGCAUUCACAUAACGUAUUUUCAUUUUAUUGUCACAUAUCUGCAAAACAUUGAUUAAGAUGUUUGAAAUGCGAAUUUGUCACCAAACUUACAAUCAUGGCAUUGAUACUAAAGUAUCCUUUGCGGUUAUAAUAGAGAAACUUAUCUUUAGUUGGGGCAACGAUUUUAAUACGUGUCCCGUCUACACAUAAAAUCGCGCCUGGAGAUCCGUAUUUCCUUGAAAAAACCUUUUUCGCUUCCCUUUUUUCAACGUCACUUAAAUCGAGGUUUAUCCACUGAGGGCACAAAUGAGACUGAAGCAAUCCCAAUACUUCUUUUAAGAUGCAACAAAAUGUUGACUGAGCCAUUGGAAUAUAGAAGUCUUUACCCACUCCAUGCUGAUAGCCUCCUUCAGAUAAAAACCGUAAAACUGAAGACAAUCGAUGAAGUAAAGAUAUAGACGACGAUCUUGAAGAACUUGCACUCUAGAACAUCGAGGACAUACGUAAAGGCCGCCUUAUUUAAGCGAUAGUUUUUAAUAAACCUGUUUUAGAAAAAUAAUUUUAAUAAAAUUUAACAAUGAAUUUUUAUGGAUUUAUGAACUGUACAUUGUUUCGUCCACAUCGAAAGGGUUACUCCUGUCCCUCAGUGAUUUUCGGUGAAUUUUUAUAUCACGCCGACUUCUCUCACGUUCUUCCUCAAGCAACAUAAAUGAAAACGUUAGCGAAUACAUAUUUUUUGUUCGUAAAUCAAUUUGAAUAUAAACGUUUCCACUUUUAUUAAUCCUAAUUUUUAUUUUUUCUUCUACACAGCUCAUUUCGAAAUGUCAGAAUUCAAAAUUCAGUCUGGCAACAAAAGUUUCGAAUUCACAUGAAUUCAAUGAUAGCAAAUUGUUCGUAUUCGUAGCGGACAUUCGUAUUCGUAGCUUUGCUACGAUGGAUUGCGUGAUAGGGCUGAUUGACUCUUUGGCAAAACGUGAAUCAAUGGCCGAAGGUUGUCCGUGAUAACGGAGAUGUAGAUAAUUUAGUCUAUCUUGGAACAAGCAUCAAGACCAACAACAACGUCAGCAUCGUUACCAACACAGAAUAUCUCUUGCCAACAGGUGCUACUUCGGCUUAAGUAGGCAAUUGAGAAGUAAAGUCCCCUCUUGACGAACAAAAACAAAAUUCUGUAAGUCACUCAUUAUUCCCGUCCUGCUAUAUGGUACAGAGGCAUAGACGAUGACAACAUCUGGGGGGUUACUCUGUAAGGCGUUACGAAUAGCAAUGCGUUGCGAAAGUGAAUUGCGUUGCGAAGGGCAAUCGGUACUCUGUAACACUUUCGCAUUGUAAACAGUGUUGCACUGUUUUCCCGUUGAGAAAUCUUUAGUAUAGUUGACAUUACUGACCGAAACGAAGGAGAAUGAAAACAAAACCAAUAACAGAGAAGUGAAGAAGUGUAAAAAAUUGACAGAUAAACAUAAUUAAAUUUGAAGAGUUUUAUGCAUACUUAUAUAAAAGUAAUUUUAAAUAAAUAAAAAAAGGUGUAAAUGUGGAUUGCGUUUUGUUAUGGGAGGAAACCGAAAAAAAUGAACGAGUGGAGCGGAAAAUGAUUAGGGACAAGUCCAAUGUGAUGAGUCUUAGUGAAAAAAGUUUCGUGCAAAACUUUCGCCUAAGCAAGGAAUCGUUCAAAUAUGUGUUGGAUAGCAUAAGUGGUGAGCUAAAAACUCCACGCAGGUCCACAGGAAUACCCGAAAUUGUGAAAUUAGCGGCAACUUUAAAAUUUUUGGCACAGGGAGGGUAUCAACAGCAAAUUGGACAAGAUCAUCAUACAGGACUAGCUCAACAAACUGUUUCGCGUUGUAUGUUUGAAGUUUGCAAAGCGAUUGAAAAAGUGCUGUGUCCAAAACAUAUAACUUUUGGAAUGACAUCAGAGGAGAAAAAUGAAGCGAAACGAGCUUUUUACGCAGUGUCAGGAAUUCCAGGAGUAAUUGGAGUGGUGGAUGGUACUCACAUCCAAAUGAUACGACCGGCCGUAAAUGAACAUUUAUAUUUCAAUAGGAAAUUAAAACAUAGUAUAAACGCUAUGGUGAUAUGUGAUCAUAAGAUGAUGAUCAAAGCCGUUAACGGUCGGUUUGCUGGGGCGUGUCAUGAUUCACAUGUGUGGAAUUUAUCAAGCGAACGCCAAUAUUUACAAACCAACUAUAUGAAUGGAGAAAGAGGAAUUCGUAUUCUUGGCGACUCUGGAUAUCCGCUUGAGCCAUGGCUUUUAACCCCAUAUAGAAAUGCUCCUGAAAACUCUGCCGAGAGUUAUUACAACUACAAGUUUUCAAAAGCCAGAUCCUUUAUAGAACGAGUAUUUGGAGUGUUAAAAGCGCGGUUCCGAUGCCUUUUAGCAGCUAGAGAACUACAUUAUGCCCCAGAAAAAGUGGUGCAAAUUUUGAACGUAUGUUGUGCUCUUCAUAAUAUUUGCACUCUUUUUAAUGUGGAAUCACCUGCCAAUAUAGCAAUAGAAGUUGAAGAAGUCGAUGCUAGUUAUACUGAAACCAUAGGAAAUGCGAAUGAAACCAAUAUUGCUAAACGUUUAAGGGAUCAAAUAAAAAACAGUAUGACUACUUAA